AUGUGGAGGUCCUGUCAGGCCGCGUGCAGCAGGUCGUGUUUCUCGCCGACUCGCGACGCGCUGUUCGCAGUGCCGUCCGACCUGUCCGACGCCUCCACCACCUCGCCGGAACGCCAUGACCUCCUCGUCCACUCUGAUCCUCCCACGCCCCCGCUACGCCUUGCCGCGUUCCCCCUGGAGCCGCAGCGCAUGCAGCGCGACGACUCUUUCGCCAGCGAUGCUCUGAAUCCACCGCAAGCAGAGGCCGGGGAAGCAGUAGUGGCAGCUGGCGGCGCCAGAGACGCGGAUGCAGCAUCGGGGUCGGCUGAUAGCCCGCUGGAUGCCGCCCCGCCCUGCAUAAGACCACCCUCGUUAGCGCGCGGCGCGGAUGCAGCAGGCGGUACAUUCGCGCUGGCCGACCUCCCGGACUCGCUGCUCUGCGACGUGCUGCGCCACUUAAAGCCCGUCGACGUGCUGCGGGUCGCGCUCGUCUCCCGCGCAUUCCGCGAUGCCGCUACGGCCGAAUCC